UCCGCCCACAAAAGCCACAGCAAUUUUAGUGUGCCUCAAAUGCAAUUGUGCAUCAAAAAAGUGAAUUUCGGAGAAAUGUCGUGUGAGUGAAUUCCCGCCGAACAUCCUCACACACACACAAAAAAGAACGGAGAGAAAAGGAGAGCGAAUACAGAACAUGAUGGUUUUGGCAAUCAUGGAUAUUUAAAUGGGAGUGGGUGGGCCUUCGCGCAGACGGAGAUCUCUGACAGACCUGCACAUAUUUCCGCGGAGGAACAUUAUUUAAUUCCGGAACCAGCAGCACAUUUGGGCCCGCUUUGAACGCGUACGGGACCGCAGCCCUUCAAGCCGACCCGCUCGGACUCUCCUGACAUUUUGUGCUCCGUUAUUGAAGGGUGUUUUUUGCAUUGGCACCGCCCUUCCUGGCGGGGUGGGUCCGUGCGUCAGAGCUGCGCCACAGUCCGCGGCCGCUGGAGAAAAUAGGCCGUCCUUCUGCUGGGCUUUUGCCUGCCUUCUGCCUGCCUUCCACGGCGUCCGGCCUUUUUUCUCUUAAACAACUCCUCUCCGGGUUUUAUUAAUGCGGAAUGAGUGAUCAAAAGAAGGAAGCCAUGGCCACUGAUGGGGGGAAAGUCAGUGGAGGUGAUGGGGGUACGAAAGGGAAAACUUCUGGAUCACAGGAUGCACAGCCGUCUCCUCUCGCAUUGCUUGCAGCGACGUGCAGUAAAAUCGGAGGUGUUGGCGCUGAGGGUCAGGCGGCUGCACAACAGCAGAUAAUAAUCGACCCGAACCAAGGUCUGCUUCAGCUGCAGAACCCCACGCAGCAGCUGGAGCUGGUCCCGGCACAGCUCACCGGAAACGGCUGGCAGAUCAUCGCCACCUCCCCUGCAACCGCAACCAAGGACAGCAUUCAACAGGCCGGCGCUAAUGCAGCGUCCAGCGAAGCUGCAGCCGGGCGGAAAGUCAAGGCCAUCGGCUCCAAUAAUGCAGCCGGCGGACAGCAGCAGCAGCAGUUUCAGAUCAUACAGGUGCAGAACCUGCCCAACUCGUCCGGCGGGAUUCAGUAUCAGGUCAUCCCGCAUCUUCAAACCGCUGACGGACAACAGAUCCAAAUAAGCCCCAGCAACCCCGCAGCCUUAAGCGUUCAGCCCGAACAGAUCCAGCUUAUUUCCACCGGAAACAACCAAGCCAUUCUGGCCACACCACAGAGGACGGGAUCCGCCAGCAUCGUCCAAAACCAGACCAUCCCGCUUCAGAUCAGGCCAUCAUUUCCUCUGCAGCUCCAAACCAUUCAGGGUACGCAAGCACCGAUGGUGACUACAUUACCCAUAAACCUCGGCGGAGUGACUUUGGCUCUGCCAGUGAUCAAUAACGUAGCAGGAGCCGGCGGUUCUGUUCAGCUGCUCCAAUCCAGCGAUGGCAGUAUCUCCAAUGGAAACCAGCUGAUCACCACGACCGUCACAACAAGCACAGCAGAUUCCACAGGAAGUUCAACCUCCACUACGACCGCCACAGGAAGCGAUUCGGUCGUGGUGACUUCAACAGAUGCAUUAUCUACGACGUCCAUAGUGUCCGCCGAGAGUCCGAAGGACAGCGAAGUAGAUUUAACCCAAUCCAAUGGCCUCCAACCCACAUCUGAGCAGGCCGGACAAAUCCAGCAGUUCCAGAUCGUGGGCCACCCGGUGCUCCAGCAGAUCCAGAUCCAGUCUCCGCAGCAGCAGGUGGUGCAGGGCUCCAUACAGAUCCAGCCCGGGCAGACUUUACAACCGGUCCAGCAAAACCUCCAGCUGCAAGCCUUCCAGAACCCAGCGCAGGUGCUGAUCCGGACGCCCACGCUCACGCCGUCGGGGCAGAUCAGCUGGCAGACGGUGCAGGUGCAGAACGCAGGCAUGCCCCAGCAGCUAACGCUUGCCCCGGUGGCGUCCAGCGCAGGUGGUGGGACGUUUGCUCAGAUUGCCCCGCUGACACUCGGAGGCUCGCCCAUCACGCUCAGCGCCGCGCAGCUCCCCGCGGGCUCAGGGGUGCAGACGGUCAACAUCGCAGGCCUGGGGGCGGCUGGAGUGCAGGUGCAGGGCGUCCCGCUCACCAUCACCGGUGUACAAGGUCAACAGCAGGGUCAGGAUGGGGUCAAAGUUCAGUCCGCUCCGGUGACUGUGACCGUUGGGAACAUCAGCAAUGCCGUGAGUCCCGAGCAGAUGGGGCAGGUCCAGAGCCCGUCCGACCAGGAGGGUCAACCCAGCAAGAGGCUGCGCAGGGUGGCCUGUUCCUGCCCCAACUGCAGAGAUGGAGAGGGCAGAAACAACAGUGACCCGUCAAAGAAGAAGCAGCACGUGUGUCAUAUGGAGGGUUGCGGGAAGGUUUAUGGGAAAACGUCUCACCUGAGGGCUCACCUGCGCUGGCACACAGGAGAAAGACCAUUCGUCUGUAACUGGAUCUUCUGUGGGAAACGCUUCACGCGGAGCGACGAGCUGCAGCGGCACCGCCGGACACACACAGGUGAGAAGAGGUUUGAGUGUCCUGAAUGCUCCAAGAGGUUUAUGCGGAGCGACCACCUGUCAAAGCACAUCAAAACCCACCAAAACAAGAAAGGCGGAGCGGCUCUUACCAUCAUCACCACAGACGAGAUGGAGGAGGAGGUGGAUGAGGUGCUGGGCUCGCCGAGGAUUGUUACCGUGGCGACACUCUCACACGAUUCCAACCCGGCCACGCCCACCACUUCAAACAAUUUAGAGGAGGAGUUUGAGUAGUUUUCCCUCCAAAAAAAAAAAGAUUAUUGGCUCAAAGCACCAUGAUAUUGUUUUGUUUGUUUAUAUAUGUUGAUUUUACGUUCUUCAUUCUUUUUCUAUCGACGAUGGACCGCUGUUUGAGCGUACUCGAUUUUUUUGUUUUGUUGUUCAUAUGGAAAUUGAAUACUAUCAAAUAUUAUGAUAAUAAUCUAAAGGAAAUAUGGAAAUAGUAUGAGCUGUUAAAAGACGUAACUUGAGCGAUGAACGAACGGUGUUUGAUUUUAUUUCGAGUAGCACAAGAAGUACUAAAGUAUCCUAAUGCUCCUGAAGAUGUCGCUAUGCACAAAAAUGAUCUAUAUAUAUGUGUUUUCAAGGUGGUUAUGGAUUGAAUUACCGUCGGGGAUGAGGAUCUCGUUGGUCUGUGGUUUUUGCAUACGAUCAGGCUUAGCUAGCAGACCUUUAGUACACAUUUAGAGCCUCAGCACAAGCUAAAAAGAGCAACGGCGUUUGUGAUUGGAGCAUCGCGAAGCGUCAGCCAAUCACAGCCUCGCGUACAGAAUGAUACGUAUAUAAAUAUAUAUUUGGCGUUCGAUGAUUCAUCGUGUGCAGAUUUUUGAACUUUUAUGUAGGAGAUUAUAGAGACGGGCUAUUUAAAGAAAAGCACAUUAGAUUUACAAACAAUGCAUUCCAGUUUAGAAAUAAAAAAACGUUAACGGAAAAUAAUAAUAAAAAGAAAAAACAAUCUAGCUUUCUAAGACAUGCUAUGUUAAAUGAAAGCAAUACUAUAAAGACAAUCUUUGUAAAACCAUGUUUACAUUACCGAGGGGUAGAAUAGGUUUAAAGAAGAAAAAAAAAAACACCUAGAGAAGUUCUCUCUUAUCUCAAGUCAUAUAAACUGUACUCCGAUGCCUUAACAAACACUGCAGUACCACUACGUUACGGCUGGGUCAUUAGGGGGACGCGGGGCUGUUUUUCAGACAUGUUUUUUCGUGUGCAGUAGUGCCCAGGUGACCACAUUUUCAACUUUUUUUUUUUCUUCUAUAUAUACGAUGGUGAACACUGUGGCCAUGUUUGGAGCGCGAUGAUCCAAUUCAGCCCAGGUCAAGAUCCUCCAGACCCAUGUCAAUAAUGUGUCCUCCUGUCACCCUUUGACUUUCGUGCGUCCUCCAAAGAGAUUCGACCCCGUCCCGUGCACAAACCCCAUCCAAAUCUGACUCCCUCUGCUGAAAAGCCUGUUCUGAGGAACUCUACGAUCAAAUAAAAACUCUGUUUUGGUUUACAUGUGACCUUUUAAACCUGUAUUUGUAGGGACAGUACAUUUAAAUGAGACGUUGUGUACUUUACUUGUUGUAUUUGAUAUUUUUAAGACUAUAAUAUGGACAAAAUGGACCAAAAAUCUUGAAUAUAAGCUGACAACAAAUGUAAAUGACAGAAUUCAAUAGUAAUGAACUAGACUACCUUAAUGGGACAUUUAUUUAACGUAUGAACAAAAUAUAAACACAAAACCAAAAAUCUUGAAUAUAAGCUGACUACAAAUAUAAAUGACAGAAUUCAAUAGUAAGCAGGCUACCUUAAUGGGACAUUUAUUUAAAGCAAUUUCUGUAGGUCGAAAAUUGAAUUAAAUUCAUUGCAUAUUUAAUAUAUAUUGACAUUAAAGUCUUAUAAAUGGUGCAAAUUGAUUUAAAAAUUGAAUUGAGACUUCAAUGUGUGCUUUAAUGUCAUUAUAUAAAACAUUUGCAUUGAAUUUAAUUCAUGUUUUGUCCAACUGACCUACAGAAUAUACGUUAAAUAAAUGUCCCAUUAAGGUAGUCUACUUCAUUACUAUUGAAUUCUGUCAUUUAUAUCUGUUGUCAGCUUAUAUUCAAGAUUUUUGGUCCAUUUUGUCCAUAUUAUAGUCUUAAAAAUAUCAAAUACAAAAAGUAAAGUACACAACGUCUCAUUUAAAUGCACUGUCCUUACAAAUACAGGUUUAAAAGGUCACAUAUAAACCAAUUUAUGCUGAAUUUAUUUGAUUGUAGCUUCAUCAGGACAGGUUUUUCAGCAGAAGGGAGUCAGAUUUCCGUAUAACACUGGUACUGGAUGUUCCCAGGUCACGUCAGGGUGGAAAAAAACACACCCUAAAGCCACUUCGAUGAGUUUGAUGUUCAGAAAUCUGUAAUGUGGCGUUCUUAUUCGUGAGUUUUAUGUUCUCCCGCUCUGGUUUUUUGUUUCAUUUUUAGGCCCAUUUUUGGUUCCCACACAGCACGAGUACAUGCCGCCUGUGUGUGAGUGUGUGUAUGUGUGUGUCUAAUUUAUUAUUUAUCCUUCUAUUAGUAUUUGCUAAUGUAUAUUGUGCGCUGUUAAUGCAGAGAUGACGUGCUGCAUGGUUCAUUUCCGCUAACGAUCUAUAUUUAGUAACGAUCUGUUAUUUCUAAACGUGGUCCUUUUAGAAGUAAAACCAUGGCUUUUAAUUUAUGACAUUUCGCACCAUGAUGUGUUUGAAAUGGGGAGAAAAAAAGUUUCAAAAGAAAUGGUUGAUACCAAACAAUUAUAAAUAGAUGUUUUUGGUAAUAUUUUCUGUGGCGACCGAUUAUUAUUUUUUUCUUUAAUAUUUUCUAGUGACACCUCAUUUGUAAAUCAUUUUUCUAAGAUGUUCCUUUGUCCUCAUGGCAUUUGAUAAUGGGUUUUUUGCCAGGUUAGCCUGAAAGGCUGCAGUUUAUUGAUAUUUUUAAAAUAACUUUGUACAAGCGUGUUAUGUUAAUGGGUAAAAAAAAACAAAAAGAGGAAAAAAAAAAAGAAGAAAUCUUUGCCUGCAUAACACUUGAAAUUAAAGUGAGUAAUUCUGUCUUAAA